AUGGUUGUGAAAGUGUAUAACACUAAAACUCUCCACAAGAAAAUUGUUAUUAAUGGCAUCUCUUAUUUGAUUAACAAAGACGGGAGCUAUUCACUCCCUUUAUUUACUGAACCAGUCGACGUGAAACUUAUCGAUUUUAAUAACAAAGUCCUCUUGUUCAAAGCAGCAAACUUUUCAAAUGAAAAGGACAUCACAACAGAAACACAAUUUCCACUAGAUACAACUGAAGACGUCUGUCACUUCCUCCCUAACAGUUUAGUAUUUGACAAGUCACUUAAUACACACUCAAGCUCUCCAGUGAAUAGAUACUUUGUAUGGACACCUUACUUGAAUGUAUCGGGUAUUUCAAAGCAAUUUAAUGUCUUCAAUAUCUCAUCAAUUGACAUUCCAGAUGACUCCAAAGAUGCAUUCUUGUACUUCACGUAUCCCUCAGUUUCGAAAAUGUCUGACCUUUUUGUGGAACUCAGUAUUAGACUCGAAUUUGAAAACAAUAACUUUGAAAUAAACGAUCCACGUUUGUCUAUCCUCGACUUUAACAACGAAGUCAAAUUCAAAAAUCCAAAUAUCUGCACAGAGAUGCCUUUCAAAAUACAAAAAGGAGAAAAGAGUGGGGUGGUGGAUAUUUCGUUCUCAAAGAAUGAGUGUCAGGGGUUUGCAAACGUUAUUGGCCUGUUUAUUACAACGGGAAAUGACACAAAACUUAAAGUCACAACCGCAACAUUUACACGACAAACAACAUCCCAGAAUUUGAAAGAAUGUGAAGCAAAUACAAUGCAGUGUGUGGGGAUGGAGUGCACACCACAAGGCGGGAAUUUUGAAGUGGGGUGCGAACCAAACUGUGGAAAGUGUAUUGAUGGAAAAAGUUGUAACACUGAAGGGAUGUGCGAAGUCAAUGAGAGGAAAAAUACAAGAAGUUCAUGUGGUGCAAUAUUUGCGCUGAUGGGUCUUGUACUAUGCUUUAUUUUUUAA